AUGACAACAGCAACAACCAAUUUAAAUUAUAAACAUCUGGACUAUACAUCAGACAGUGUAGAAUUUUAUCCUAAUCAAAAUAAUUUAUUUGUUUGUGGCACAUAUGAAAUAGAAAAAGGUGACACCGAAUACAAAGAAAGAAGAAAAGGAAAACUAUAUUUAUUCGAAAUUGAAGAACCAUCCCAAGGCAAUGAGGAGCUACCAAAUUUUAAAGAAACUCAAUCCAUAAAUUAUAACAGCGGUAUAUUGGAUAUGAAAUGGAAUAAAAGUGGUGAGCAAUUGGGUGUUGUAAUGUCAAGAGGUGAAUUAAAUAUAUAUAAUUUUAAACAACAAGAAAAGCAGCUUGAACUUUUAAAAUCAUCCGAAAUAUCGUUGGACAGUGGUAUAUUGUCAUUAUCUUUAGAUUGGAAUGUAAGCGGCUCAAAAGUAAUAGUUAGUUUUAGCGAUGGCAAAGUAGGCAUUUUCGAUGUAAACUCAUUAGACAAUGCAAUUUCAAGAUGGAAAGCACACGACUAUGAAGCUUGGAUCUGUGCAUUUAAUUAUCACAACGAAUCAAUUGUUUUUUCAGGCGGUGACGAUUGUAAAUUUAAAAUAUGGGAUACUAGAAUAGCAGUAGAAGAGAAUGAUAAUGCUCCAAUGAAUACAAUUACAAAGAAAUGCGAUAUGGGUGUAACUUCGAUACAUUGUCACCCAUCAAUGGAAAAUAUAGUUGCUGUAGGUUCUUAUGAUGAAUGCUUAAGAAUUUGGGAUUUAAGAUCAAUGAGACAACCUUUAGUUCAAACCGAUUCACUUGGAGGUGGUGUUUGGCGUGUUAAAUGGCACCCAUACAAUAAAAACCAAUUAGUUACCGCAUGUAUGGGUGGUGGUUUCCAUGUUUUGGAAUCUGAAAGCGAAAACGAUUUCUCAACACUUCAAGUUAUAAAUUCAUACGAAGGUCCACACAAGUCAAUUGCAUAUGGUGUUGAUUGGUCAUACAACAAAAACAAUGAUAAGCAACAUAUUGGUUGCUGUUCAUUCUAUGACAAGUGCCUAUCCAUUUGGAACCCAUAA